AUGAGAAUAGAGGAGGGGGAAGACGGAAUUGAAAAACAAGAAGAGGAAGAGAAAAAAGCAAAAAUAAUAGUAGUGGAAAAGAAUAGAGAAGAAAGGAUAGGAGAAAAUGAUGCAGAGACGAAGGGACAAAGAAAAAAGAAAAGGAAGGAGGAAGAAGAGAUGAAGAUCAAUAAAGAAAAGAAAGAAGAAGCUAAAGGUGGAGAGGAGACGGAAGAGGAAGAGGGCGAAAGAAGAAGGUGGAGAGAAGAAAGAAAACAAGAGAAGGUUGAGGAGGAAAGCUGGGCAGACAGCUGGGAAAGGAUAAGGGAAAGGGAGAGGAAAAAAAGAAGGGGCAGAAGCAUAGUAUGGAAAAACGUAGGAGGAGAGGAGAAAGAGGAAAGGGGUAGAAGGGUAAAAAUCAUGUUGCAGAUGGAGCUGGGGAAGAAGGUCGAAAUAAGAAAGUUGACGGAGGUGAUGGGAGAAGGCGGAAGGAAAAUAAUACUAACAGAGCUGGAGGAGGAAGAAGACUGUAGGAAAAUGCUAAAGAAAAAAAACGCCAUCUGGGAGUUUUGGAAGGUAAGCGUGGAGGAGGAUUUGUUGAGGGAGGAAAGGAGGAUAAGGUGA